UUUCAGCAUCUUGACGCUUAUUACAAUGUCUAGUGAUAAAAGUUUUAUAGACGCUAUAAAGGAAUCGGAUUUAACAUGUGGAGUGUGCAUAUCAAAAGUUAAUAAAUACAAGAUUUUUAAUCAUCAAUGCAUGAAAGAUUGGUAUAGUAUCACAAUUAAUGGAGAUACUAAAAUGUUUUAUCCUACUAAUGAACAAGGACAAUAUUUUGAAAAAAAAUGUGAUGAGGAACAACUUGUAUUACUACAAGAUAAAUCAAAGAGCUUAUCAUUUGACAACAAAGGAAUAGACGAAAGAGUGGUUAAAUCCACAGAUGAUUGCUUUAUUGUAGAAGAAGAUCGACAAUCAAUACUGUGCUUGACAACAGACAAAAGUAUAUUAGAAGAAGCGUUAAUCGAAGAAGUCAGAAAAAGACCUCCUUUGUUAUACAUUGCCUUUGUCUGUUCGUGGCAGAUACAAACUUGCAGAGUUAUGGAAAGAAAUUUUCUAAUGCUCUUAAUGGUCGUAUCAGUCCUGAAGAUGCUAAAAAGAGGUGGAAAUCACUUAAAGACACGUUUAGUAAAGCAGUGGCUGAAGGAAAAAAACCGAGUGGGUCAGCAAGAUCAAAUUCACAAAAACCAUGGAAACAUUUUGAAGCAAUGUCCUUUUUACGUUCAGUUUCUACAAGCAGAAAGUAUAUCACUUUUUACACAUGUGUACAACUUUAUUUUACAGCUCCAUUUCUAACCUUACGACUCAAAAUAUUGAGUCCAACAAUCUUUUUGAGAACAGCUUAGACAGCAAUGAACAACAUGAAAGUAACGAAGAUGAGCUUUAUGUUAAACCUAGUACUAAACGAGCUAAAAUUAACAAUGAUUUAAGUGCAUCAAUGAAUCGUAUAGCUGAAGCAUUUUGUAAUAAAGAAAUGCCUGUUAUAAAUCUUCCAAAGCCACCUGAAAUGGAUGCAUUGGAUGGUAUGUUUAUUUAUAUAAAACAAAAAUUGCUUAAACUGAAUAAAAAAACACAGGAUACACUUUUAUUAACAUUUCUACAAGAUAUUACUAAGGAAGAACAAAAUGAGGGUGAAUAAUUUGUCAUGAUAUAUAUUGAUAAUUGCUAUGUUCCUAUGUUAUUUUUGUUUUCUUAUUC